AUGAGCACAAAUUUAGUUUAUUAACAAAUGACAAAGAAAGAAAAAAUAAAUAUGGACGGGCAACUGUUUAAACUUUAAAAUGGGUAGCGGCAGUCGAUCUUCAAGACGCAUGUUAUUUAGCCGACUUUGCUCUGAGAUCAAAAUCCCACUCACAAAUGGGGAAAAAUCAAAAAGGGAGGGCAAAGGAGCGAAGAGAGAAGAGACGUGAAGAUAUUUUCGAGCAGAGAAAAAUCCCUUACACUGACCAGCAGAGGUGGUGGUGUUCAGAAACGUUAGCUGUAGUGACUGGGUCUAACAGAGGAAUUGGUUAUGAGAUUGCUAGACAAUUAGCUACUCAUGGUCUCCAUGUUAUUAUUACAUCAAGAGAUAUCGAUAGUGGCAAAGCUGCAGCUAAUACGUUACGGCGAGAACUUGAAGGAACUAAUGUUGAUGUACAUCAGCUGGACAUUCUGGAUCCUUCAUCAGUUACGAGUUUUGCUGAAUGGAUACACCAGACUUAUGGUGGCAUUGAUAUUUUGGUAAACAAUGCUGGUGUUAAUUACAACCUUGGGUCUGAUAACUCUGUUGAGCAUGCUGAGAAGGUUAUAGCAACAAACUACUAUGGCACCAAAAGGAUGAUUGAGGCUAUGAUUCCUCUGAUGAAAGCUUCUACUUUUGGUGCUCGUAUUGUGAAUGUGAGCUCCCGACUUGGUAGGCUGAAUGGGAGGAGAAAUAGAUUAGGAGAUGUCGCCUUACGGGAACUGCUAACCGAUGAGAGCACUCUCACUGAGGAAGUGAUUGACAGGACCAUGGCUAAAUUUCUUGAAGAAGUGAGAAUAGGGAGUUGGACUUCUGGGUCAUGGCCUCAAAUGUACACGGACUACUCCUUGUCAAAACUUGCCGUGAAUGCUUACACACGGUUGAUGGCCAAGGCACUCUCAAACCGUCUAGAUGGUCAAAAGAUCUACAUCAAUUGCUGUUGUCCUGGCUGGGUGAAGACUGCCAUGACAGGUUGGGCAGGAAAUAGUCCAGUUGACGAUGGUGCUGACACAGGGGUCUGGCUUGCGCUCUUUCCUGGCCAACCAGUCACAGGCAAGUUUUUUGCUGAAAGAAGAGAAAUAAACUACUGAAGUAUGAGUAAUCUGAGCAUCUGCAUGUCACUUCAAGCUUGUCAUGCUACUCGCAUUAGGCUAAAUUUGACAUCCCAAUCUAGCGAGUUGUUAUACUUGCUUGGAAUCAUUCAUUUAAGAAACUCAAGUUGGUAAUUGUUAUUGUUAUUGACAUCCCAAUCUAGUUAUACUUGCUUGGAUCUGACAUCCCAAUAAAGUUGGUAAUUGUUAUUGACAUCCCAAUUGUUAUUGUAUAAAGUUAUGAACAUUGUAAAUUUUAUCGUUUAAUGUAUAUCCAUGCCCGAUA